AUGGCUGAUCCAGACGCAUACCUGCGGCAACCCUGGCGAACAGUGCACGGCAUCCCCAUGGUCUGCGCCUUUGCCCUUGACUGGGAGCGGGUCGACACCUUCCAGAGCCGCCCUGAGGACAUCGUGGUGAUCACCUUCCCCAAAUCUGGCACCACCUGGGUCAGUGAAAUUGUGGACAUGAUCCUGCAAGGUGGCGACCCCGAGAAGUGCAAGCGGGACAUCAUCACCAAGAGGGUACCCAUGCUGGAGUUCUCUGCCCCUGGGGAGAUGCUGGCAGGAACGGACCUGCUGGCCACCAUGCCCUCACCCCGCGUGGUGAAGACCCACCUGCCUGCACAUGUCCUGCCCAAAUCCUUCUGGGAAAACCGCUGCAAGAUGAUCUAUGUGGGGCGCAAU